GGCAGGCAGCCGCGGACCAGUUCAGUAAGCUAGCUGCAGAAGUGUGCACUCGGCAGUCUCCGUGUUUCUCCAGUCAAAGGAAAUAGCGUCUCAACACUUAUGCCACACAGCGGACACCGGCCGAACGCUGAGCAAGGACUAGACUGCAACCUGACGGUUUUCUGGAUUUAUUAUUAGCCAACCGUUUAUAAAAGGAUUACCGACCACUGUAACGGAUUUCUAAAGAGACUGUCCCAAAUGAAAGCGAUGUGAUGAAACAGCGAGAGAAAAAUCCACUCCAAGUUGGAAUAAUUCCGCCGGACGGAUAUAUCUUCAUGUUGCUCUUCAAGUUCCUUCAGGAAACGCUGAAAAAGUCGAAACGGGCUGGGAAACACUCGGGCAAGCUGUCGGUUUGCUAUGAGAUUUUAACUCUGUCACUGAAGAAAAAGAUGGCAGCGGAACUGUUUUCAGCUAAGAGCCACACCAACCUCCAGAGCGCCGGGACCACCGCAGUCAGCCCGUCCGAGGAGAACAGCCUCGGGUCGGUCACGCAGCCGCUCAGCCCCGCCACGACACCCACCACCCAGCAGAACAUCCUCAACAACAACACAGAGAAGCCCGCCGUGAGUGCGGCUCACCCGACGCUCCGAGAGAGAAACGCCUCAAUGUUUAAUAACGAACUGAUGGCUGACGUCCAUUUUAUUGUCGGACCACCAGGAGACACUCUCAGAAUUCCGGCACAUAAGUACGUCCUGGCCGUGGGGAGCUCCGUCUUCUGCGCCAUGUUUUACAGCGACCUGGCGGAGACCGAUUCCGAGAUUCACAUCCCAGAUGUGGAGCCGGCCGCGUUCCUCAUCCUCCUGAGGUACCUGUACAGCGACGAGAUCGAGCUGACGCCAGACACCGUGCUGGCCACCCUGUACGCCGCCAAGAAGUACCUGGUGGGGGCGCUGUCGCGCGCCUGUGUGGCCUUCCUGGAGACGGGGCUGGAGGCGGGAAACGCCUGCGUGCUGCUCAGCCAGAGCGUGCUCUUCGAGGAGCCCGGCCUAUCGCAGCGCUGCUGGGAAAUGAUUGACGCGCAGGCCGAGCUGGCCCUCCAAUCAGAGGCCUUCUGCCAGAUGGACCCGCCCACGCUGGACCGCCUGCUGCGGCGCGAGACGCUGAGCGCGCGGGAGGCGAGUGUGUUCUCUGCCGUGGGCCGCUGGGCGGAGGCCGAGUGUGUGCGGCGCGGGCUGAGUGUGUGUGCGCGGAACAAGCGCAGUGUGUUGGGGCCGGCGCUGGCGCUGCUCCGCGUCGCGUCGCUCUCGCUGCAGGAGUUCGCCGACGGCCCCGCCCAGUCCGACCUGCUGACGCUCGAGGAGACCAAUCAGAUGUUCCUCUGGUACACCGCCGCCAACAAGCCCCACCCCCCCUUCCCCUCGUCGCCACGGCGAGGACUCCGCCCCCAGCGAUGCCACCGCUUCCAGUCGGCCGCGUACCGUAGCAACCAGUGGCGUUACCGCGGGCGCUGCGACAGCAUCCAGUUCUCGGCCGACCGACGGCUCUUCCUGGCCGGCGUGGGUCUGUACGGGUCGAGCGGCGCCGCCGCUGAGUACGGCGUGCGGAUGGAGCUGAAGCGGCAGGGCGCGUCGCUGGCGCUCACACACACACGCUUCACCUCCGACGGCUCCAGCGCCGCGUUCCCCGUUCUGCUGGAGCACCCGGUGCUGGUGGAACCGGAUGUGUUCUACACGGUCAGCGUGGUUCUGGAGGGAACCGAGCUCAGCUACUUUGGGCAGGAGGGCCUGACGGAGGCGCAGAGUGGGAACGUCACCUUCCAGUUCCAGUGUUCUGCAGACAGCACCAACGGAACCGGCGUCCAGGGGGGACAGAUCCCAGAGCUGGUGUUCUACGCCUGAGGACACACACACACACACACACACACACACUCAGACUGGACAGAUCCCAGAGCUGGUGUUCUACGCCUUAGGAUUGCACUGAGGCUCACACACACACAGGACUCGACUCUUACAGGAGACACACACACACACACACACACACACACACACACACACACACACACCCUCUGCACUGCUGGAACUGCCAGACUCCAGGGCUGUGUAUUAUGCCACUGACAGAUGAAUGCCCUUUCUUUGGACUUAUUUAUUUUCUUAAAAAAAAAAAACAAAAAAAAAAACACCAUAAUUUAAUUCUCUAAACCUUAUUUUAAUUUAAAGCUGUUAUUGUAUUUUAAUUGUUGUUUAAUUAUUGGCCUUGAGAUGUGGCUGGACACUGGAUUUGCACUUGACCGGCUCGCUGCCUGCUGGCCUCUCGUUCCGCUGUAGCUAACUUAACACCACAGACUUUAUUAUUUUAUUAUAUAAUUAUUCAUGUUUUAUUCUUAUUAUGUGUUCAUUGUCAACUGACAGCACACUGUUGCUCCUGAACCUGAGGUCAUAAAACUUUUUUUACUGAGAAAACUUGCACUCAUCUCCCCUUAUUUGAACAGGGACACUCAGCAGUACUACACGCACACACACACACACACAGAGACAGACA